AUGUGUUUGUUGACGACCAUUGGAGAGUGCAAGGACGGAGAGGGAGAGGUAGGGAGAGGUGACUUCAACACCUACACCUGCUCUUUAGGUGACUUCAACAUCUACACCUGCUCUUCAGGUGACUUCUACACCUGGUCUUCAGGUGACUUCUACACCUGGUCUUCAGGUGACUUCUACACCUGCUCUUCAGGUGACUUCUACACCUGGUCUUCAGGUGACUUCAACACCUACACCUGCUCUUUAGGUGACUUCAACAUCUACACCUGCUCUUCAGGUGACUUCUACACCUGGUCUUCAGGUGACUUCUACACCUGGUCUUCAGGUGACUUCUACACCUGCUCUUCAGGUGACUUCAACACCUGCACCUGCUCUUUAGGUGACUUCAACACCUGCACCUGCUCUUCAGGUGACUUCAACACCUACUCCUGUUCUUCAGGUGACUUCAACAUCUACACCUGCUCUUCAGGUGACUUCAACAUCUACACCUGCUCUUCAGGCGACUUCAACAUCUACACCUGCUCUUCAGGUGACUUCAACAUCUACACCUGCUCUUCAGGUGACUUCAACAUCUACACCUGCUCUUCAGGUGACUUCAACAUCUACACCUGCUCUUCAGGUGACUUCAACAUCUACACCUGCUCUUCAGGCGACUUCAACAUCUACACCUGCUCUUCAGGUGACUUCAACACCUGGUCUUCAGGUGACUUCAACAUCUACACCUGCUCUUUAGGUGACUUCAACACCUGGUCUUCAGGUGACUUCAACAUCUACACCUGCUCUUCAGGUGACUUCAACACCUGGUCUUCAGGUGACUUCAACAUCUACACCUGCUCUUUAGGUGACUUCAACAUCUACACCUGCUCUUUAGGUGACUUCAACACCUACACCUGCUCUUUAGGUGACUUCAACACCUGCACCUGCUCUUCAGUUUUCAUGGUAUUUGACAUUCAAAAUUAUUACCAUCAAAUCAUGGAUGCAUUAAUAUAUUUGCUAAGGGAUACCUCGACGAUCGUAGAGAAAGGGAAUCGAACCCGCCGUGGUCUCCACUUCUGUCCAGAUACCGGACAGAAUGUAUCUGUCCCCACCUCAGCCGGUGGCUGA